UGUUAGUGCGCAAUUAACCUCUCCGUGUAAAACAUGUGUAAAUAUUAGCCUGAAAUAGAUUUUGUAAAUAAAUUCCAUAAAAAAUAAAUUAAACUAAAUAAUAAUUCUGUAUUUAAUAAAAAAAUGAAGACCUUCAAGCUGAUAGUCCACCAGAAAAACUUCAGCGGUGAAGAUCUGAUAAUAAACCCCAAAGACUACCCAGGAAUAAAAAUAGGGGACGUGGUGGAGAUUUACCACCAAGAAGAUGAGUUCAGCCGACUGUUGCUGCAAGUCACAUCCUUCAAAGAAGAUCUCCAAGGUCGGGAGACAAUCAGCGUUGAGAAUAAUAUCGCUCAGAUGUUUCAGCUACGCACUUAUGCAGAUGUUCACAUGAACAUCGUGAACCCGGAUGACGUGGCCCUGGACUCCGUGGAGCUGACCUUCAAGGACCAGUACAUGGGUCGCAGUGAAAUGUGGAGGCUUAAAAACAGCCUGGUGAACACUUGUGUGUAUAUGAACAAGAAAAUUGAGUUCUGCGGUGGAAGUAUCAGGUGUCAAGUUUAUGAAAUGUGGUCCCAGGGUGACCGUGUUGCCUGCGGAGUCAUCACCGAUGACACCAAGGUAGUCUUCAGGUCCUCAACUUCCAUGGUCUACCUCUUCAUCCAGAUGAGCUGUGAGAUGUGGGACUUUGACAUCCACGGAGACUUGUACUUUGAAAAAGCCGUCAACGGGUUUCUCGCGGACCUUCUCCAGAAGUGGAAGAAAAACGGCAGCAACCAUGAAGUUACCAUUGUUUUAUUUUCCAGGACUUUUUACAACGCCAGCAAUCUUGAAGAGUUUCCUAAUCACAUGCGCGAGUGUCUCCAACAGGACUACAGGGGCCGCUUUUAUGAAGAUUUUUAUCGUGUUGCUGUUCAGAAUGAACGCUUCGAGGACUGGGGCAAUAUUUUGGUACAAUUGAGGAAAUUGUUUACUGAUUACAGGAAAAUUGUACUAGAGUAUCAUCAAAAACCGGGGAUUGCUAUUCCUGAAGCGAGUAAUUCCACAGCUGCUCAGGGAAAUUUUUUAGAAGUUCUUAAUAUGUCACUUAAUGUUUUUGAGAAGCAUUACUUGGACCGAAGUUUUGAUCGCACUGGACAAUUGUCUGUGGUAAUAACUCCAGGCGUUGGGGUAUUUGAAGUCGAUCGUGAGUUAACGAAUGUCACUAAACAGCGAAUUAUUGAUAAUGGUGUUGGAAGUGAUUUAGUUUGCGUUGGAGAACAACCUUUACACGCCGUUCCACUCCUUAAAUUUCAUAAUAAAGAUACAUCGACAUUAAAAGCUCCAGACGACUACAGCAUGCCUCACUGGAUAAAUCUAAGCUUUUACUCGACCAACAAAAAAAUUCCGUACUCGAAUUUUAUACCUCGUAUUAAGUUACCUCAGCGAAGGACCAAGCCUCCUGACAACGAUAAAUUAUUAAGUAGGAAUAAUAAAUUAAUUCAAGAAGACCCACGUGAAUGCUUACAUAACAUGCCCUAUGAUUAUGACGCCUACGACGCGCAAGUUUUUCAAUUGCCAACUCUACACGCUGCCAAAGGAGCAAGAACUAAAAAAACAAGUGUCGCGUGUAUGGAGACUCAUAACAAUGCCCAAGCUCUAAAAUUAUUAAAGCGAAAAAUGUCGGAUCCAGAUAUUCAUCAUUUGACAUCAGACGAUUUGUCGCUUAGCGGAAUUCGUAGUGCUGCUAUCACGAUCCCAUGCCGAGCUGAUGAUUCCCAUGAAAAUUAUAAUGCUGUUAAAACACCAGUAAAAAGUGACACUGAUGAACCGUCACCAACAACAUUUCGACCCGUGGUUAGAAGUGCGGGCAGCCCUGCAGCGAAUUCCUCAGUCCAGCCGUCAAUCUUGCACCGACCAGGUCGAGCGCUAAUAAAUCCCUUUGAUCCCUCCCACGUGACUAUAAAAUUGACCAGCAACCGGCGAAGAUGGACCCACAUCUUCCCCAAGGGUCCUACCGGUGUCCUUAUUCAGCAGCAUCAUUAUCAAGCUGUGCCAGCUCAAACUAAAAAUGACAAGUCUGUUGAUGUCAUUUCGGCCAGUGCGUCACCGAUUGAGUAUCAUCUUUCGCGCUCAGCUUCGCAAAUUGGUUUUCAAGAUCCGUCACCAAGUUUUCUAACAGAUACAAGUACCCGAGGAAAAUUACUGCGAGGGAAUCAUGCGAGUGUGUGUGGAGAUGUUAGAAACCAUUAUGGUCUACCGAAUAAUAAAAGUUUGACAUUAUUGUGGGGUGCGACUGGUGAACAAGAAUGGACACCAGCUCUCACAACAGCGAUAAUAGGGGUUGAUUGGAAGUCUCUGACAAUACCAGCGUGUCUGCCGAUCACUACUGAUUACUUUCCCGACAAGCGGAGCUUGCAAAAUGAUUACGUGGUCUCGGAUUAUAAUUUGCUGCCUGAUGAUGUCAACGCUGAUUUUGCGCAACAGCGGGCAAUUUAUAAAAAACCAUUGACUACUGCUGAAGUUUUUAAAGAACUUGUUUCUCAGCGGUUAGCUCAGGGAUUUCAGUUAAUAAUUCUACCAACAAAAAAUAAAAAUCAAUUAACCAAGCAGGAUAUCGGAAUCAAAAGCCACAUAAGUUCGGUAAUGCGUGGCCGACAAACUGAUUCAGAGCCUAAAGAAGAAUAUUUAUUAAGUAUAGGUAGAAUAUUUCAUAAAAUAUCAUUGUGUGGUAAUUGUAUUACUGUCACAAGAUAUCGACCAAGGCAUCCAUAUCCGCCGUUUAAUAUUCAUUAUCGUUAUCGUUUUCAUGCACCGCAUCAUGAUACCUACGAAGUAUCCUGGGUGUCGUUUACUACAGAAAAACUUGAGAAUUAUAAUUGGAAUUAUUUAGAUCACUAUAUUUGUACGCGUGGAGACACUGACUUUUCUUUGGUUGAGGCACUAAAAUACUGGAGAUUUCGCAUGUUUCUACUCCCUUCGACAAACGCAGCCACAAAAAAAAUCCUCGAGGGUUCAACUUGCUGUGAUAUUUACACACCUCUAAGCCCCUCAGAGCAAUCUCAACUCAUGGACGGAUUUCUCCGUUUUAUUGAAGGAUGGUUGAAUAAAAUCCGACGUCCUAUUCCCAAUAAAAACUGGAGCCCAACAGCUUUAGGUGCAGUACUACAAAGAGACCCUGGGUCACAUUUGACCAGGCGUAGGCACAGCACGAGCCUGAUAUUCCUCACUAACCAGACAAGUCUUGUUGGGAGCUCACCAUUUAGAGAACGUGUUGGCAGUAAUAGAUUACCCGAAAAACCACGACCAAGAUCUGGAUCAAAAGUCAUGGAUCGCGGUCGAGUUUCUCCAGCGAGUGAAGCAGUAUUGCCCUUGGCGCUUGAACAGUCUCAGCAAGAACAUUUGGAGACUAAUGAUGAAAAUUCAAACCCCGAGAUGACAAACUUAAAAAGCAACGCGUCGAAUUCUGAGAUACUAGAAGCAUUAAAAAACCCGCAGAAUGGAAUUAGUUUUUUAACACCACAUCCUUCGUUGCCGAGUCAAACUUUCGUAAGCGCUGAUGCUGUUCAGUGGUUGAACAAUCAUAUUGAUGGAGGUGUCAAUGUACAGCAGGCCAUCAAGAUAAUGGAGAGUAUGAUAACAGAUAGAUUAAUUUGCCACGCAUCGGGAGAUUUUUCAAAGCCAUUUGUCCUCGGAUUUUAUUUAUACCACAUUGUCCAAGAUAAAGACACUCACAAAGGUUCAGACCCUUUGCCACUCGGAGACUUACAAAGCUUCGAGAACGAGUGGGUAGAAGUCGAGAUGGAGGCUCCAAAAGGCUGGUGCCAGUCCUCAGGACCUUCCUUUCCCUCAGUGACAUCUCCAAUCCCGAUUUCCAGCUGCGAGCCCAUAGACGAGUCGAACAUCCCCGCGUUUCUUCGAGACGACAUCGAAGUCUCGGAAAUUCUCUCCAGCAAGGACCUGAGGAUCUCCUCGUCGCCGUACAAGCACACGCACCUGGACAUCGACCUGAACAACAAGAGCGACCGGAUCGAGUGGGGCCACUUGAGGUACCAGUCGAUGUACCGAGCAGACCACGCUUACGAAUUAGUCGCCCAGUGGGUCGCCUCUUCCGGAAGCAUCGUCUCGGAUCUGGUCUUCUCCUGGCAGCGGAAAGCCCAAGGCUGUGGCAUCCAGAUCAUCCCGAUCCCCAGUGACCUCCUCGCGCUGCCUUAUACUCUAAAGAGCGACCCCUUGCGAGGGCCUAUUUUCAUUCCUCUUAACACUGAGUGCCUGAUGAUCAACAAAGAAUUUAUCUUUGAGGAAUUUCACAAGGACACUUAUGAGCAGAGGCUCUUUUUGUUCCAAGAAGCAAUUCUUCAGAGGUUCGGCUUCCUGCCUUGUCAUGCUGAGUCUUCGGACAGUGAUCAUCAGUAUGUACAUAUCACGGGGAAUGUUUUUAUUCUUGUACCCUCGCCGAAGUCUUGCAAGCCUCGCCAGAGAACUGGGACUAAUAUUGUAAGGAGGAAUAUUGCUGCUGCUUCUAAAAGGUAUCCCGUUCAUCCUGAUCAGCAGAGUCCUCAUGAAGCUUAUAUUACUCGGCAUGUUAGUGGGAAGAAUAAAGAUGACUUUAGUCUGGAUAGAAGGAUGGGUUUCUUAUGGUCAUGGAAUCACAUGGUCAGCAGAAAAUGGAAAACAGUAUCAACUUCAGCCGGCGACGAGGUAUUCCAAAAGAAAAUAAUCCAAGAUUUCAAACAUUUUUGUUCAAACGGUGAUAAUAGAUUAAGUCUUUUCUGGGAAUCAUGCUGGGAGUUAAAAGAAAAAAUGUUUAUCAGAACCUUCAAAAAUUGAUCUAUUCUAAUAUUAAAAAAUUAGAAAAAUUUAAAUAUUAUUAUUAUGAGGCGGUGUGGCAAAAUAUUUUCUAUUUUUCCUCAAGAAUGUCCGACUGGAAGCCAGAGGAGUGUUGAAGAACCCUUUAGUAGCGGUGCGUUUCAACAGAGACUC